CUUCCCGUUCGGGCCUUCCGCGCGGCCCCCGGAGCCAUGGACAAGCUGGGCGUGAGCUUCGGCGGCGGCGGCGGCGGCGGCCCGAGCAGGAAGGAGCUCUUGGAGACCGUGGAGCUGCAGCGGGCGCAGCUGCUGCGCUACCAGACGCGCCUGAAGGACCUCGUCCGCGCGUACCGGAGCGUCCUGAAGGAGAAGGAGGCCCUGGAGGCCAGCCUGCAGGUCCUGUCCGCCUCGCCCGAGCCGGGCGCCGGCCUGGGCGGCGGGGCCACGCUUGUCCUGGGCGCGGCCGGUGCCGGCGCGGGGCCCGGCGAGGACGGGGGCGACGCGCCCAGUGAGGACGGCGCGGGCACGGCAGCCGGCUCGGCCGGCGUCAGGGGCGACCCGGGCGGCGCGGAGGAGGAGGAGGAGGAGGAGGAAGAGGAGAGCGCCACCGCCAUCGCGGCCGCCGCUUCGCCGUCCAGGUCGGAGGAGACGAGCGGCUCCGAGAGCGGCGUCAGCUGCAGCAGCGGCGACCUGCCUGCCGCCGCCGCCGCCGCCGGGCCCGGCGAGGCCGACAAGCGGCUGCUGCAGCUGAAGACGCAGCUGGCCACGCUGACCGGCGCCUUGGCCACCGUCGCGCAGGAGAAGUCCCGCAUGGAGGCCUCCUACCAGGCGGACAAGAGGAAGAUGAAGCAGGAGAUGGAGGAGGCCGGCCGGCGGGCCGCGGCCGAGGCGGGCGUCCUGGGGGCCGCGCUGGCCGAGGCGCAGCAGCAGCUGGCGGAGACGCGCGCCCGCCUGGCGGCCCAGCAGCGCGAUCGGGCGCAGGAGCAGAGCGACCACGCCGUGAUGCUGCACGAGCUGCAGCGGCUGCUGCAGAGCGAGCGCAGCCUGCGGCAGGAGGCCGAGUGGAGCCUGGAGGAGGCGCGCGAGGCGCUGGGCGCGGGCGCGGGCGCGGCCGAGCGCGCGGAGGACUCGGAGCGCCGCGCCGGGCAGCUGAGCCGGGAGCUGGAGGCGCUGAGCGGCGAGCUGCGGGCCCUGCGCGAGCGGAGCGGGCAGCCCAGCCCGCAGCUGCGGGAGCUGCAGGCCGAGAUGGCCGCCCUGCGGAGCCACGUGCAGGCGCAGCUGCUGCAGGAGGUGCGCAAGACUGCACAAGCGGAGGAGCGGGUCCAAAUGGAAGAGCAGCGUGUUGCCAGCCUGGAGGCCCAGAUUUCAGAAAUGUCCGAGCUUCUGGGCACCUACGAAAAAUCGAAACAGAAGGACCAGAUGGCCAUUCAGAAGCUGAAGGAGCGCAUCGUCCAGCUAGACCUCGAGAAUAAGACACUGGCCAUUGCUGCCGCUGGCCGAUCUCCCAUGGACGCAGCCAUCGAGGAGAACAGCCUGGAUAUCACCCUGCUGAAAGAUAAGAUGGAGGUGCUGAGGCGACUGCUGCAAGCCGCGGCCAAGGACAGUCCCUCCGCUCGGGACACGGAAGCCUUCUGCCAGAUGGAGGCCGGAGACGGCGAGAAGGCCACUGCUGCCUACUACCAGCAAGAGCUCAAGCAGCUGAAGGAGGAGUUCGAGCGGUACAAGCUGAGGGCUCAGGUCGUCCUCAAAAGCAAGUCCGCCAAGGACGGGAACCUGGCCAAAGAGCUGGAGGAUGCGCAGGAACAGCUGGCAGAGCUGCGGGAGAAGUAUGUCUCGCUUCGGCUCUCCUGUGAGGAGGUUGCCAGGCAGCACCAGGACGCGAUGGAGGCCAAGAGGCAGGAGGUCACCCGCCUCCAGCAGCUCCACAGGCAGGAGAUGGAGAGAGCCCAGGCUGACUACAGGGAGAAAGUGCUCCAGCUUGAGGGAGAGAUGCACAGGCAGCGGGACCGUGUGCUGGCCAUCCUGGCAGAGAAGGACCAAGAGCUGGAGCAGCUGAGGGCUGUGCCCUGUGGGCCGAGAGGACCCCUGCCAGGCCCUGGGCCAGGACCUCAGGCAGGCUGCGGUGGGGGACAGGACUUGGCAGGCGCCGACUCGCUGGAGAGCCUUCCACAGGCGCUGGCCCUUGCUGCGCCAAGUGAGCCUGCUUUCCUCUUGUAUACGGAGCAGCUGGCUCGGAAGGGGGUGGAGGUCCUGGCUCUGAAGAAGCAGAGGCGCAAACUGGAGACGGAGGUCCAUCGGCUGCAGGAGAGGCUGCUGGAGGAGGAGGAGAGGCACAAGGAGGAGGUGUCGGCACUCCAGGACCACAUCCAGAAGAACUUCAGGGACCAGUGCAGGGAGGGGGCCAACCUGGAGUACCUCAAGAACAUUUUCUACAGGUUCCUCACCUUGACGGACUUGCUGGGUCGACAGCAGACACUCACUGCCAUCUUGACCAUUUUGCAUUUUAGCCCCGAGGAGAAGCAGGCUGUCCUGAGCCACUCGGGUAGCAGCAGCUGGUGGCAUUCCGCGAAGAGGUGAGGCCCUGCUUUCCAUGGGCAGCCGGGUGUUGAGAGGGGCCGCCUGCUUCCCAGCUCUCAGGAACGGUUUCUGCUCCCAGGGUGGGAGGCCCUGCGGACCAAGUGCCGACUGGUGCCUGCAAGAGAUCCAGUCCCUGGGUUCAUCAGCUUGCUCUGAGAAGCACCUCUGCAGGGGGUGGGCUGCAGGGGAGGGUUGGUCUGUGCCUAGGAUCAGGCUCAAUGCGAGGUGUCCAAGUUUUCCAAUGGCAUUUCAGUUUGGGAGACUGCUUCUUACUUUAUCAAGUAUUUUUAUGUUGCCAAAAAUGGAAAGAGAAAUUGUUGAGCUGCA